GUAGAGUUUCUGUUCAGUUGCCUUACUAAAACACCUGUAGGCGCUCAAUAGGGAGCUAUCAAUUACGUGAGUUUGCGGAAACAAAGCAAAGUUUGUUUCAGGCUGUGCUUUGACCUGAGCUGAAGAGAGCAUCGGCAGGGCUGGAGUGCCGAAUAUGGGGCUUCUUGCGAGUCGGGAUGUGUUUUCGUGGCUGCUGGUGGCCUCUGUUUUCCAGGUAUCGACGGUGGCGCAGGCCAGUUACCUGUGCACUGCAUACCUGAACAUUUCCUACACAAACGCUGAAAACCAAACCAUUGUUUUUCGAGAGGAGAUGGGGCUGUAUGGGCAAGACUCACCCAAAGCUUCUGUAGUGGGGAAUGUGUAUUUAGCCGAUCCGAUCUAUGGCUGUGAAGAUGACACCGUUUAUCGCCGACAGAACGAUUCCAGGGGCUGGAUCGCUUUAAUCCAGCGUGGAAACGGAUGUACUUUCUCCGAUAAAAUUAACGUCGCGGCCAGGAAAGGAGCUAUCGGUGCUAUCAUUUUCAACGACAAUGGGGCAGAAAACCGGGUCAUUCAGAUGUCACACCCAGGCACAAGCAUCGUAGCAGUUAUGAUUGGCCACUUACAUGGGAUAAACCUGGCCGAGCUGCUAGUUACGGGCGUGCCCGUUUCCAUAGCAAUAGAGGUUGGGAAGCAGCACGGUCCCUGGAUGAGUCACUAUUCGGUGUUUUUCGUCUCCAUCUCCUUCUUCAUCGUUACCGCGGCGACUGUUGGAUACUUCAUCUUCUACUCCGCGCGGAGAUUGAACAGCCUCAGACAGCAGAACCGCACACAGAAAAAGCUAAAAGCUGAAGCAAAGAAGGCGAUUGGCCAGCUGCAGGUCCGCACGCUGAGACAUGGGGAUCAGGAGACUGGCCCUGAUGCUGAUACCUGUGCAGUGUGCAUUGAGUUGUAUAAACCAGGAGAUGUACUUUCAGUUCUCACAUGCAAUCAUUUAUUCCAUAAAUCUUGCAUAGAGCCAUGGCUGCUGGAGCACAGAACCUGCCCAAUGUGCAAGUGUGACAUUCUUAAAGCCCUUGGAGUUGAGAUGGAUGUGGAGGAGCAGCCACAGAUUUCAGUGCCUGAUUUCAGAUCUUUUUCUACCUCUGAAGACCUGCACAGUGAGACAGUGUCACACACACACAGUGAGACUGCAUCCUCUGGAUAUGCAUCCAUGCAUGGAAUUGAACAACUCGGUGCUGCUGAAGGCUUACAAAACGGUGUGCAAGAGGAGCCAUUGGAUGUGUCACCUCACUAUGACAAUCUUGCCUUCGAGGGUGAUGUUCACGGCCGGAAUGAAGUCAGGACCUGACCAGCACAAACAACCACUGAUAGAAUGCACUCAAACACAUGAAUGAGGGAUUUUGAUUUGAGGACUUAUAUCAAAGCACUGCUGACCCCUUUUCUGAUUAGUUUCUAACUAAGUGCCUGUAAAUUCUCUCUCUCUCUCUCUCUCUCUCUCUCUGUGAGUGAUCGCGAUGAUUUCUACGUCGAUCAGAGGUCAUGUUUUAAUUGUCUGUGGUUAAUUCAGGGUAUUAUGAUUUCUGAUUCAGGGUUUUAUUCCCCACUGCGGUUGUGUUUAGGGUUUGAGACUCACAGCCUUCCAUAAUCGUCAUCAUGAGCAGCUGUGGCGACACACAGAGAGAGACGGGGUGCUCCAUCUGCUGUAAAUCAGUGGACUUUCCCCCUGUUUUCUUGGCUUAUUAAAUUAUAUUGUUCCAGUUUUGAUGGAAAUUUUAAAUUUCAGAAACAUUGUGCCUUAAACACAUAUAUGUAUGUGUGCAAAUGUAUAUUACUCACUGCAUAAACAUAAUAGGGAUGGUUUUACAGGAAUAAGUUCUCGAUUUUAAUAUUUAAAUAAGGGAUGAAUAUAUUUCUUUACUCUUUCAAAUGAAUAGUACUAACUUUAAAAUUAACAUUGUAAAUAAAAUCUUUUAUGAAAUUG